AUGGAUGAUGGAUAUAAUGCUCUUAUUAAAAAUAAGACGUGGGAGUUGGUGCCCCGUCCGCCUGAUGUUAAUGUUAUUCGUUCUAUGUGGAUUUUUACUCAUAAGGUGAAGUCUGACGAUUCUUUUGAGAGGCAUAAAGCCCGUGUUGUAGGUGAUGGCAAAACACAACAGGUUGGCAUUGAUUGUGGGGAGACUUUUAGUCCGGUUGUCAAACCGGCUACUAUUCGGACUGUUCUUAGCCUUGCUUUAUCCAAGUCUUGGCCUAUACAUCAGCUUGAUGUCAAGAACGCCUUUUUACAUGGUGAGCUUAAUGAGACAGUAUAUAUGCAUCAACCUCUUGGUUUCCGUGAUCAUACUCACCCUGAUUAUGUAUGUUUGUUACGAAAGUCUUUAUAUGGUCUUAAGCAGGCACCCCUGGCAUGGUAUAAGAGGUUUGCAGAUUUUGUUGCUUCUAUUAGUUUCACUAAUAGUAAGAGUGACAAUUCUCUAUUUAUUUAUCGGCAGGGGAAGAAUGUGGCUUAUUUGCUAUUAUAUGUUGAUGACAUUAUUCUUACUGCUUCUUCUGAUACUCUGCGACGUUCUAUUAUGUCUCUUCUUAGCUCGGAAUUUGCUAUGAAGGACUUGGGUCAUCUUAAUUAUUUUCUUGCCAUAGCAGUGACAAGACAUAAGGGUGGAUUAUUUUUGUCACAACGCAAAUAUGCAGAGGAAAUUAUUGACCGAGCAGGGAUGGCUUCGUGUAAACCUUCGGCUACACCUGUUGAGGUGAAACCGAAGGACAGUUCUACAGGUUCUCCUUGUGCCGACCCUACAUUGUAUCGUAAUCUUGCAGGGGCCUUGCAAUACCUCACAUUUACUAGACCGGAUAUAUCAUAUGCGGUCCAACUGGUUUGCUUACAUAUGCAUGAUCCGAAGGAGAAGCAUAUGCCUGCUCUCAAACGGGUUAUUCGUUAUGUACAGGGCACUAUUGAUCAUGGUUUGCAUCUGUAUCCAUCUUCUAUUUCUUCUCUUGUCUCAUAUACAGAUGCAGAUUGGGCCGGGUGUCCGGAUACGAGACGCUCCACAUCCGGACAUUGUGUGUAUUUGGGUGAUAAUUUGAUUUCUUGGUCCUCGAAACGACAUGCUACUCUAUCUAAGUCUAGUGCUGAGGCAGAGUACAGGGGUAUUGCUAAUGUAGUUUCCGAGUCGUGUUGGCUUAGAAACUUAAUUACUUUUGGAGUUACAUUGUCUGAUUAA